AUUUUCACAAACCAUUGAACUCGCGUCAUUAUUACUCUCGUUGCUUUCUGUUGUGACGUCACGCUGUCCGUGGUGCUGAUUGUAUGACGUCACAUUCCAUCCGCGCGUCGCCUUUCUUUUUUCCUGGUUUUGUUGUGUGCUAACUGGGCUAGCACGGAGCGGAGGGUCCUCCAUCAGCGGACGGCGGCGGAAAAAACCCGCAGGCGGCAGCGAGGGGCAGCAAAAAGCGACAGACCGAAUACUGCCUGGCGAAAUACCGGGACGAGUUCUCUGAAAAACUGUAAAAUGUCCGACUUUGACAGCAACCCGUUCGCGGACCCGGACUUCAACAAUCCGUUUCAGGAUCCCUCUGUAACACAGGUGACGCGUUCUACCCCUCCCGGCGGUCUUGAAGAAUACAACCCCUUCACGGAUGCCAGAACGGCUGCCCCUGGUAAUGCCCCCAAGUCUGCUCCGGCACCUUCGCAGAACACACAACCUGCCAUCAUGAAGCCCACAGAAGAGCCACCGGCUUACUCACAGCAACAAACACAGGACCAGGCACGUGCUCAGGCCGAUUUGCUGAGAAGGCAGGAGGAGUUGGAGAGGAAAGCGGCCGAGCUGGACCGCAGGGAGAGAGAGUUGCAGUCUCACGGCGGAGCGGGUCGUAAGAACAACUGGCCUCCCAUGCCUGCCAAGUUCCCAGUGGGUCCGUGCUUCUACCACGACAUCGCGGUGGACAUUCCCAUCGAGUUCCAGAAGACGGUGAAGAUCAUGUACAACCUCUGGAUGUUCCACGCCGGCACGCUGUUUGUGAACAUGUUUGGCUGCUUGGCCUGGUUCUGUGUGGAUCCGACCCACGGCGUCGACUUCGGCCUGGCCAUGUUGUGGUUUCUGCUCUUUACGCCUUGCUCCUUUGUCUGCUGGUACAGACCGCUGUAUGGAGCUUUCAGGAGCGACAGUUCCUUUCGCUUCUUCGUAUUCUUCUUCGUCUACAUCUGCCAGUUUGGAGUUCACGUGCUACAAACGAUCGGCAUCACUGGCUGGGGCACAUGUGGCUGGAUCACAGCUCUAAUGGGCCUGAACACGAGCAUCCCGGUGGGCAUCAUCAUGUUGCUCAUUGCGGCACUCUUCACCACGCUCUCCGUAGGUUCACUCAUCAUGUUUAAAAAGGUACACGCACUGUAUCGGACCACCGGCGCCAGCUUUGAGAAGGCUCAGCAGGAGUUCGCCACUGGCGUCAUGUCCAACAAGACUGUCCAGACGGCAGCAGCCAACGCCGCGGCUAACGCCGCUUCCAACGCCGCCCGCGGGGCCUUCAAACCUCAUCCGUAGACACACAUUCUCGCACACUGAAGAGUCACAAAACUGUCCCCGCUCAAUCACCCCCCGAUUUGCUAAUAUCUUCCCAAAAAAAAAAAAAAAAAAAAAAUGUCUUCACUCCACAACUAACACUGACCCUGCUAGUGUCCUUCCCGGCCCCGAAUGAGUCACGCUUCCUCCUCGUCAUCUCCAUUAUUGGGAUUAACAACCCCACACCUAAAAAUAACACCCCCGUUCACCUUCUGUUUGACUGGACGGGUCAGUAACUCGGCAGCCACAUUGAGUGACGGCAUAACGUGUGCAAGUUCAAGCACACUCAACGGGGUUGCUAAAUCAUUAGCGUCGCACAUCCCGAGAUGUGAGCUGCAUGUCCAUUUGGCUGUUUGACGGACGGACACCUGGUAAAAAAGGAGGACGACUCAAAAGAUGUGUGGGGUUUUUGGUUGUUUUUUUUUUUUUUGCGCGUGUGACAUCAUUUGCCCGCGUAGCCCGUCGCACGUUGAAAAAUUCUGAAGCUGCUAUCAAUCUGGACGUGGCCUAUCGCUAUUUUUGGCUUCCUUCUCAUAAAGGAGACUCGCACUCGACUCAGCAAAUGGGCCGACCUAAAAGGGAGGUGACCGGGGGAUAUGAGUCAUGUGAUCCACCUUGCAAAACAGAUGAAAUGGUAUCAAUGUACUUUUUUUUUUUUUUUUUUUGCUUUAAUCCUCUCAGCGUUAAUGGCAUGUGACUGAAUGGUGCACAUUACCCCGCAUACAAUGACAUUGAACCUUUGUUGAGCCAAGGCACAUAUUUUGUUUUUUCGACAACUUUCUGGGUACACCACCAAACAAAAAGUACGGACAGAAUAUUGAAAAUAAUGAUCUCAUAUCAAUUUACUCACAAAUUGAGUGUGUGAAAUCUGGGCCUCUGUCGUGGAACACAAAAGGUAUUAUUCGGUUGUAAAAACGGCAACAAUAAAAACAGGUUAAUUGUACCUUCUGCCACCUCGUAAAAAAAGUGUUUUUGUUCUUCUGGGUUAGAUUGAGGAACAAAUGUACAUUAUUUGCAGUGAAUAUAUCUUCAUUUCCAGACCAAUCAUGUCAAAUCUGAGAAUUUCCGACUCGUGGUUGAGAAUCACUGUGUUGAAAAGCUGUACAGACUACUGUCAAAAACUGGAAUUGUUGUACUUUCACAACCCCCUCGUAUUACGGGGGGUGUACGCCAUAUGGCAAAUGACUGCACUGUUAUUGUUGCAAAUGAUGAAGUGGAGCUCGACCGGAGUGUUCUAGCUAAAUUGUCCGAAGUCUAAUCGCGACAUUAACAGCCUGAUGCUAAGUUUCUGCAGUAUUUCUUUUUUGUUUUGUUUUUUUGGAUAGCACAUUUCUGUUAGCUGUUUUUAUUUAUGACAUAAUUUAUGUUCUUUUUGGUUCUCCACGAUUUAUCGUGUUACGUGCAUCAAAUGGUGUGCUUGUAUUCAAGGAAUGGCUGAUUAAAUAUGACAAAUCCCUCAAGUGUUAUUCUACUGUGCGUUCACAAAAGCUGUGAGAAAUCUACCAAAUGUCCAUUUUUUUU